CAAGUAUGGACUGCAAGAGCAUAGUUUGUUGAUCUGGAUUAUUUAGCAAACAUGGAACGACAAACUGAAAAUGAAGCUGUGUGCUUGAGGGGAAGAGGAGGCACACAAGCCUGCAGUUCAUUUCUAAACCUCUAAGCAAUGGUUUGAGGGAUUGGAUGAACUGAGGCAUUGAAUUAUAUAACAUUUCCUGUGCCCAAAAUAUUUACUAUUUGAUAUAAACUGCCAUAUAUUCUGAGCAAAUUGCUGCACAGUUUUGCAGCCACUACAUAUUUUUCCCUGCUCUGCUUGCUAUACGAAUGAAUGUCUUAUAGGUUAAGUAGCUGUUUCUUGGAACAUAUUUUGUCUUCUGGUUCUAAUAACAGAAUACAGAAGCCAUUUGUAUUCUUGUAUCAGGACCAGAGGACAAAUGAGAUCAAUGCAUCUAUAAAUAGCUAGUUUUUUUACUUUAAAACAGAUGUGUUCCUUUCACAUAUUUUGUGUAUGCGUAGGUAUAGAUAUGUAUAUGUAAAGAGGGGUGGCAAUUUCUUCAUACAUGUUCUCUUUGUACCUGAUGUGACUCAUGUAUAUUGCUACAGAUGGGUACUGGGAGCUGAGCAGCAACUUGCCAUAAAUGAUGUAAAUGAAAAGAGAUGUAUUUAACAUGGGUGGCAACAUUAAUAUUUUAAAUACAUAAAGAUUGAAGCAGUAAGCUGCUGUACCUCCCACACAGCAACUCAAUAUGAAUCUAAAUAGACAUAGAUAGAAAAUUAGUAAUUUAACAUGUUAGUGUAGUUUGUGUGAAAAUAAUUCAUUUAUCUUCAUGUAAGCAAGAGAAACUGUCACAACUGAUCCACUGUGGUUCAAUAAACAACGUGCUUGUGGGCAUGUGUUAAUAAGCUAAACUUGGAUGUCCUGGCUGGCUAUAAAAAGAUUUAAGUGAAAAUUGACCUUCAGCACAAGUUGGAACUCCUGUUAUAUAUUUGCUGUCUGCUGCAAAAGAGAAGCUAACCAACAUUUAAACAUACGAUUAUUUUUCUCUCCCUGAAGAUGGCCAGAGAAGCUAUUUCACUGUGUGCUCUGAACAAGACAUUAAACAGAGUGGAGAACAAGCUGCAGGCUUUAGAGGGUCAGUUUACAGUGCUAGACUCUAGCAUUCAGAAAUUAACAGAGAAGUUUGAGUUUCGGACUGCAGUAAUGGAGCAUCAGUUCGACCAGGAUGAAAUGUGGUCAUCACUGCUAGAAGACAGAUUCUCUUCUGUGGAGGUAAAUCUUUUCUACAGCUACAUUUGUGAAACUAUUUGCUGCUUACAUUCUGAAGUGGUAGAAAUGCUACCAGAUCUGGCAAAAGCCCUUCCUACUCUGUCAUCUGUUCUGAGACGAAAAGGCAGAAACCAAAGAAUUAGGCUGGCCUGGGAGUCUGUACUGGAGAAACUGGGGCUGCAAGAAGGAGAUGUUAAAGCCCUCUGUGCAUUUUUCAUUACAAAUUGUCACAAUGCCUGCUACUAUCCUGCUGAUCAAAGGCAAGAUUAUGCCAAUGACAUCAGCUCUAUUAUAAACAACGUGGUGAAGAACCCGCUGCUUCAGCGAAGUCUGCUGUCUGCUAUUCGCGUAGUGGAAUACAGAAAAAAAUGAACACGCUUGCAAAGAACAAGAGACACACCCUAAAGGAUUAUAACCUAGAAACAAAUUGUCUCCAAAACUGCUUAUAACUGCAAAGUCCUUAGUAGCUUUAUGCAAGACUUCCUCUCAGUCUUUACCCCAUCUUUAACAGAAAAAAGUUCCACUGUACUGGUCUAAUCCACAGAGAAGUUGUACUGAUUAUGAAGAUUGCAUAUGUGAAGCAUGACUAAAGCUAUGCAUUAUUAUUACUACUAAUAUUAACUCCCAUUUUGCUCCUAUCUUUUGAAAUCUAUCACCCAGAUCCUACAGUAGAGUAUAAUCUUGAAGUUCCCCUUUUUUGGUUUCUCACUUGAAAUACAGGCCCCAUUCUUGAGAGGCAGGCAUAAUUGCAUAUAUCACAAACAUAUGUCUUGGUGUGAGUGUAAUGUACAUAUUUGCUGGGUCCUGCUGCAUACUUCAGGGAGUGCCUGCUCCCAAUUUGUUGAUCACAGUAAAAAAGUGGGGUAUAAAGAGGAAGUCCUCCUCAGGUGAUUUUUUAAAUGCAUACUUACAGUAUUUACUUGCAACCUCAAGUGCACUAAGCCAUCUAUGAUUGGCCAUGAUUAGCUUGACUUUUGUUCAUUAUGUAUACCCACAUAGUUCCUAUGCUUUCUUUUGCCAUUUAGAAACAUAGCUGCAUGUUAUUAUCUUCUUCUCUGUUACCAAUGUGGUUAAAAGUUAGUCACCAUGUCUUAUUCAGCCCCAUUUAAAAGCAAAUUGACACCAGAGCACACUCUAAUAUGUACUGUUUGCACCUGAUGAAAUCACAAACUGCUCAAUAAAGUGAUUCAUAGUUUAAAGAAAAUAUUAUGCACACUCAUGUCUAAUAGCUGGGCUGCAACACUUCAU